GUGUGAGUCACGCCUUGUGCUUCUGAGACGCUUCACCUGAAACUCCUUCCUUCUUCUACGUAUCAUGUGUGUACUGCCUGCCAGUGAACACUGGUAAUUGUCCGGGUGAACACUGCUCUCCUUUCACCAUCCGAAUGGGAAUGCAACACAGUCUUUGUGCCAAGCCAGGUGUAGGGGUGUCAGUAUGACAGCUUGUUGUGCUGUAAAUGGUGCUGACUGAAUACGCUGUCGGUGUUUGAACUGUGUAGCCUCGCCAAUUCUUCUCUCGUUAAGGCGUAGCGUCAGGCUAUAUACAACAUACCUGCAGGAUAUGUCAUGUCCAUGACAGUACACACAAACAUGUCCACGGCCCAGAAAGUGCGGAUAUAGCUGGAGGUGUGUCCAUCCAGAUGUGCCUGCUACCUGUUCUGCAGUGACUGACUACUAGUGACAUGGGACUGUAGCAUAAUAUGGAUAAUUUAUACAUCCUCUUGUUCGUGUUGUGUUGUGGUGUGGUCGGAUUUGUCAACGGUUCCCUGCAACUGACGACAUUCCCCUCCAAGGCCACAGAAGGAAACGCGUACACACUAAUGUUUUCCAGCACCAACAAUAUAUCAGCAUCAAAGAUUACCUGGUACUGGAGGAAUGUUUCCGUAGUGGAAACAACAUUUAAUGAUACGUGCGAUGUGGUUGUGGUCCAGAAUGCAUAUUUUGAUACCUACUUGUCAAAACGUGUCAGUAUCAGCUGUGGUGUUCUCCAACACAAUCUGACUCUCCGUAUAAACUCUACUGUAGACAAUGGAACUUUAUGGUACUGUAAUGUUCCACGUACAGGUGAAACCAGCCAAACUGUAACAAUAGCUGUAACAGAUGAACCAACACGUUCAACAUCUGUCACCACAACGCCAGCAUCUGCAACGUCUACAAUUACAACUGAUGAAGAAAUAGUUUCAUCAACAUCCAGUCACAUUUCAACCAGUACAGGUACAGGGACAGGUAAUGAGACGGCAAGUACACCGGCGACAUCUUCCCCGACGUCCACAGACACGACUCAGAGCGUGGGACAAACAUCAGUGACGUCAACUAAGCCAGAAAAUCAACUGCCAAUUAUCUACAUUGCCGUUGGUGGAAGUAUUGCUGUUGUCAUUAUCAUCGUCAUCGUCGUCAGUAUUGUCCUCUUGAGAAGACGGAAAGCACGCACAGUUAAACUGGCUGAUGACGAUAAGGUUGUGAAGACAACAGAGGUGUAGCCAUACAAGUUCACCGUCCCAGCAACCAUGGCAACCACGAAGUCAUCACCCGGCCAACAGUCACUCAAAGAAAGCAUGGUGAUGCUGUCAUAUUGAUGUUAGACAGAGGAUGUUUCAGGAGAUACAGUACAUCACGUAUUGCAUGGAAUGUGCUGCCAGGCCUUACACAAACUACAGGCGACGGUUACCACAUUAGAGAACCUGCUUCAGAUAGGACUGUGUGUAUGUGUUCAGCAUGCAGGUUGACAGGUUAUGAUGAUCGGGACCGGGGUAAUAAUUUCACAGACUUUCAACAUGCGUUGUGUGGAAGGGUCGUUAUUCAAAUGUACAUAUUAUUUUGGCGGUAAUUGAAAUUUGGUAUAGUCCAACUUUAGAGUAGAUACCUAUUAUUGAAAUUUGGAACCCAGCGUAUUAGCUAAUCACCUCUUUUUAACCAUUCAAAAUCAAUCAGACUUCUAGGUCAUGGUAGAAUAUUAUAUUAUUUAAUUACGUUUAUGUUAUUACUAUUGAAAAAUAGGAAGAAAUAUCGCGACACAAGAGGGAUUAUAUUUCACGACAGCUGACUGGUUAUGCAUGUCUGGAAGACCAGUUGCAGUAUUCAAACAUUAUCUGGAGUUGUGCAUGUGCGUGCGUGCGUGCGUGCGUGUUGUGGGUGCGGGUUGCGAGUGAAUGUGUGUUAUGCGUGCGUGUGUGUUAUGCGUGCGUGUGUGUGUGUUGUGAUUUUAAAUCAUGCUUAGGACUCAUGCUUUUAGCAGUCGUAUGCUGAUGUAAAGAGUUUUGUCGCUUUUAUUUAUCCUGUAUACUUGUAGAACUCCAUCAGUGAUAAACACAACAGCGUGUGAGGCGCCGUAAUUUACCUCAAACUUAACUUGUUGUUGUUUCAUAUUUAGAUCUAUACAUUAAGGUUCAAAGUAACAAUAAAAUAUCCUGUACGACAAGAGGGAUGACUUCAACUUU